CGGAGAUGGCUUAGAACCAAUAAUUCAUUAUCUAAUCGAUGUUUCCGCUCGAAGACUCUAUCCGAGAGUUAUCAAUAUUUAUCAAAUCUGUUCCUAUCUAACGGAACACUAUUGGAUCAAAUGACAAAGGCAUUGUUGAGAAAAAGAUGGCUUUUCCCGGAUGAAAUGAAAAUUGGAUUCAUGGAAUCGGAGAAAGGUUUCCCAUUCCUUAGCCUAAAAUAUAUAUAA